AUGAGCACACCGGGAGACCCAGCCCAACCAGACCUUGAAAGUUGCAGAGGCACCAUGAGUGCCGAGGAGGACGCCAAGUGGCUUCAGUGGGUGACACACCAGUUUGAGACCAUUGCGGGAGAAGACCGGGAGAUCAACCUGCAAGAAUUCAAAACAGCCUUGAAUGUGAAAGAGUCCUUCUUUGCCGAGAGAUUCUUCGCCCUGUUUGACUCCGAUGGAAGUGGCACCAUCACGCUCCAGGAGCUGCUGGAGGCGCUGACCCUGCUCAUCCACGGCAACCCCAUGGACAAACUCAAAUUCCUCUUCCAGGUGUACGACGUUGACGGCAGCGGCUCCAUCGACGCGGAUGAGCUGCGCACCGUGCUGCAAUCGUGCAUGCGCGAGAGCGCCAUCUCGCUGCCAGACGAGAAGCUGGACCAGCUGACGCUGGCGCUCUUCGAGUCGGCCGACAAGGACAACAACGGCGCCAUCACCUUCGACGAGCUCCGGAACGAGCUGCAGCGCUUCCCCGGGGUCAUGGAAAACCUGACCAUCAGCGCCGCCCACUGGCUGACGCCCCCUGCCGCCCGGCCGCGCAGUCGCCGUCCUCGCCCUCUGACCUCCGCCUACUGGCACAACCACCGCAGCCACCUGCUCUGCCUGGCCGCCUACGCGGGCCUCCACGUGCUGCUCUUCACUCUGGCGGCCUGCGCGCACCGGGCCCUGGGCGCCAGCGUCAUGGUGGCCAAGGGCUGCGGCCAGUGCCUCAACUUUGACUGCAGCUUCAUCGUGGUGCUGAUGCUCAGACGCUGCCUUACUUGGCUGCGGGCCACGUGGCUGGCUCAGGUCCUGCCGCUGGACCAGAACAUCCAGUUCCACCAGCUCAUGGGCUGGGUGGUGGUUGGGCUCUCCCUUGUGCACACCGUGGCCCACGUUGCGAACUUCGCGCUCCAGGCUCAGUCCGGGGCCAGCCCCUUCCGGUUUUGGGAACUGCUGCUCACCACGAGGCCCGGCAUCGGCUGGGUCCGUGGCUCCGCCUCCCCGACCGGAGUGGCGUUGCUGCUGUUGCUGCUCCUUAUGUUUGUCUGCUCCAGCUCCUGCAUCCGAAGGAGCGGCCACUUUGAGGUGUUCUAUUGGACUCAUCUGUCCUACCUCCCCAUGUGGAUCCUGCUCAUUGUGCACGGGCCCAGCUUCUGGAAGUGGCUUCUGGUCCCUGGCAUCUUGUUCUUCCUGGAGAAGGCCAUCGGGCUAGCAGUGUCCCGCAUGGCAGCCCUGUGCAUCGUGGAAGUCAAUCUCCUUCCCUCCAAGGUCACCCAUCUGCUCAUCAAGCGGCCCCCUCUGUUCCACUAUAGGCCGGGCGACUACCUGUAUCUGAACGUCCCCACCAUUGCGCGUUACGAGUGGCACCCGUUCACCAUCAGCAGCGCGCCGGAGCAGAAAGACACCAUCUGGCUACACGUCCGGUCCCAAGGGCAGUGGACAAACAGGCUGUAUGAGUCCUUCAAGACAUCAGACCCUGUGGACUCCAAACGGCUGUCAAGGAGUUUGAGGAUGAGAAGGAGCCAGAGGAAGCCCCAGGUCUCCGAGAUGUCCUCUGAGAACCAUCUGUUUUGCAACAUCAAGUGCUAUAUCGACGGCCCUUACGGAACCCCCACCCGCAGGAUCUUUGCCUCUGAGCAUGCGGUGCUCAUCGGAGCAGGCAUCGGCAUCACCCCCUUCGCUUCCAUCCUGCAGAGCAUCAUGUACAGGCACCAGAAGAGGAAGCACAUCUGCCCCAGCUGCCAGCACUCCUGGAUGGACAACGUCCAGGAUGAGGACAUGAAGCUCCACAAGGUGGACUUCAUCUGGAUCAAUCGAGACCAGCGGUCUUUCGAGUGGUUUGUGAGCCUGCUGACCAAACUGGAGCUGGACCAGGCCGAGGAGACACGAGAGGGCCCCUUCCUGGAGCUGCAUAUGUACAUGACCUCUGCACUGGGCAAGAAUGACAUGAAGGCCAUUGGCCUGCAGAUGGCCCUCGACCUCCUGGCCAAGAAGGAGAAGAAGGACUCCAUCACGGGCCUCCAGACACGCACCCAGCCUGGGCGGCCUGACUGGAGGAAGGUGUUCCAGAAAGUGGCUGCUGAGAAGAAGGGCAAGGUGCAGGUCUUCUUCUGUGGCUCCCCAGCUCUGGCCAAGGUGCUCAAGGGCCAUUGUGAGCACUUCAGCUUCAGAUUCUUCCAAGAGAACUUCUAGCCUCACCUCUGCCAAACUCACCCCGCCAGCCGAUUUGAUCACAUUGCUUCUGUGCCCCGCAGGGGCCAGCCUCAGAGGGCCUGCCUAGUCCUGCUCCACACCCGGCACAGGAGGGCCCAGGGGCAGAUGGACUUCCUUCAGCACCCAGGGGACAGGGCAGUGGCCUGCGCGGGGGCCGCUGUGCAUUCUGGGAUUGCUGAGAAACUGAUCAGACCCAAGGUGCCGCGGAGGGGGGUGCAGAGGGCGCUUGCCAGGCGACUGCUCCUCCCAAAGUCCUCCGAGGAAGCCUUCCCCUACAACAAGUGGUCCCAGACCUGCCUAAUCAGC